AUGGCGGUGAAUUCGAUUUGCUGGAGAAUGCCUGCGAAGUUCCGCUUCUAUUCUUUGAAAUCGAAGCGAAGGGUUCGCGUCCGACCGUAUCUGGUAGAAUUCAAAAGAUUACUGGAAUCAAGCAUGAUUGCAGUCGAAGGGGUAUAGCGCUUUUCUUUUCUAAUAUUUGACCUGAAAGUCAGCUGAAUUUGUGGUAACCAAGGAGGCUUGUUAUUGUUUACAAGACAUCUGAGUUUAUUUUCAGAUCUCAAAUCAAGAGUUGCUCCAUGCUGUUGUAGCUUUGUAUGAUAACUGUCUUCCUGAAAUCACACCUGAAGUUCUGUAUCCGACUGUUUGCGGGAAAUGGGCGAAAACGUUGGUGUUACUGAGAGAUUUCAAUGGUAUAAUGAUGAGACUUUUUUUAUUUAUAAUUACCGGUAUGAAUGAAAACUGACAAUUUGACUAACAAUAGACGACUCUUUAACUGUGACAAUACACGGAUCGAAACGCAGCAAUUACUGAUUACAAGUCUUCAUAGCCAAUAAUAUCACGGCUUAACUGACAGACGACCAAUAACAUCGCGACGUAAUUGACCAAUCAGGUCAAUAGCCAGAGGAAAAUACCAUCAACUGACAUGGUACAACUCACUUUGACUCUGAAGAUGACUACCGCACAGUUUGUCGAAACAUCAGUCACUGUCAACAACAACAGUCCUAUUCAGGACUACGUUCACCCGGACGAUCAAACUCAACCUACUUUUGAAAUGACUCCUGGGUUCAAACCUUUCACUUAUGAAUAUUUUUAUACCGGGGUAAGUAAGAAUUAAAUUCAGCUUUUUUUAGCCUGGGAUAAUUUCUAUCUCCUUUCUCUCCUAGACUUGAUUUAUGAACAUUUAAGCCUAGUAGGUAAAGGAAAUUGAAAAUCAGCCGGGUUGAAAAUUUUUUAACGACAAUUUAAUUUUGACCUUACAGCAUCUAUAGCCGCAUACCGUUUGUUAUGUGUGUGUCUAAUAUUAAACGUCAACUUUAUGAAUAUCUAAUUGAUUAACUCCAUGUUUCUUGUUUUACUGUACUUUAGUUUCUUGUUCUAUCUAUUGUUCCCACAAGGUGGUUUGGUGGCUAUAAUUAUACAGAGAAGGGUGGGAAUUGGGGCACAAAAAACGUCAACAUCUUUUUUCAGACACUCAUUCAUUGUAGAGGGGAAUAUCAUACAUUCAAGUUUAUUUGUCUUUUUCCUUAGAUGUCUUGAGGGAGAUGAAAGGUUUAAGUCCAGAAGAUGAUGACUGUGUAGAUGAGCCUGAGGAGAGUUUUAUCUCAGCUGACAAUGAUCCUUCGAUAGAGGGUCUUUUUCAAGAGCAAUCUUUGGAAACACAGACUUCAUGUAUGACUGAUGGCCAAGGUCCAGUUAGUAAAAGGGAAACAAAAAAGCUUCAAAAGCAAGUGUCGUGGAAUGAUAGGCAAAGCACGAAAGACAAAACUUCUGACGCUGACAGUGAUAGUUCAGAAGAAGAUGAGAACAUUUCAAAACCAGCACCUACUUGUGAUAAGUGCUCCUCAGAAAUCAGUGCUAGUUAUAAUUGUGACGGUGAAAUUGCACUUGAUGAUCAGGUAGAAAAUAAAGCUGAAGGGAAUCAAACAGCAAAUGGAAGUGAUGAAGCAAAAGGAAAAGAGAAGGAUGUAGAACCAGGGAAAUUUGAUGGAGUGUUUAGUGACACAGAUGACAGUGAAGGAUCUGAUGAAAGGUAUAAAUGAACAAGCUGACAUAAAGGGGCAAAUGUGCUAUUGAGGGAUGGUCAAUAUUUUUUUGUGCCUAUUGGAGUAUUGACUAGAGACAUUAAAACAGUCAGAAGUGGUUAACAUUAUAAAAAUUGAUCAUAGAUGUCAGGUCUGAAAAGGGCCAUUUACCAUAUUUUACUGAGAAACUCAUGACCAGUGACUGUUCUUGCCAAGAUUUAUACUUCUAACAAAAAUGAGCCCUUUGUGGUUGCUGAUAAACUUCUUACCUGAUACUGUUCAUACUUGAAAAAUUAAUUUUGAUGAUAUUUUAAUAGUUAACAGUAAGUAAUACAGAGACAUAAUCUAAUCACUCAUGAUAUUGAAAUAUAAUUAUUACUUGAUUAGUGAGAAUGAAGAUGAGGAUUUCUCAAAAGGGGCUGAAGAAUUUGUUGAAGCAGCUAGGAAAAGAAGAAUUGAAAGAAAAAGUGGUGAAGGUACAUUUCAGAAUGUAUGUUACAACAGGCUUGAUAACAUCUAUCAAAAUUCUCUUUAAUUAUUUUUUCCUUCUUCUAAUACUAAUGUCGUGUCAUCACAAAUGGCAGAAAAAGUGUUCUCUCAUACACUGGUUUGAAGUAAAAUGAUUAAUGUACCUUAAUUUUAAAACAAAUUAAUAUUUUACCAAUAAAAAAAACAUUGGACCUAAAUCAUGAAUUAAAUUAGUUUUUUAGCUCUACCAUAUGUAAUUUGAUACUUUCAGAGUCAAGUGUAGGAAUUGAAUCAUUGAUUAUAGCAGCUGCAACAUUUGAGCGUGAAUAUAGGUAUGGUAUAUUUAUUCAAUAUCAUUUAUUAUUGUGAUUUGUGUGAUUUUAUUACUAAGAAUAAUAAACUUCAUAAUAAGAGAGUCCUUAUUUGCAUACAUCAAGGAAGUUUUUUUUUUUAUCCUUAAAUUAUUUGCGUGUCAGUAUAACUCGUCAGAGGCCAUCAGAGAAAGUGAUUCAGCUAAACUUAUUAGCAGUCAGGAAAAGGUGUCAGAGAUCAGGAGUUGGGAAGUUCCUACUUGAGGUGAGUGAAGCAGCAGUUUGUUUUCUGUGCAGAAUAAUAUUUUGAAACACUGACAAGAGUUUAGGACAUUAUCCUGUACAAGCAGGAAGCAAAUUAUUAAUGUUUACUAGAUUUGCGCAGCAAGGCUAAAAUAUUAUGCCAUUUGCAUUCACGGAAGAGUAGAACAUGGCUGAAACAUGCACAAUACAAAAGCAGCAAAAAGUUGUGGACAAAAUAUAACAUGGAUACAUAAAAUACUGCUACAGAGCUGCUUUUUCUGAAGACAAGCUGUUUUCUGCAGUUUCCAAAGGACAUCUCAAAAAAUAUUUCAAGGUUUUCUCAAUAAACAAUGCAAGUUGGCUGUCUCAUGUGCAUUCAUGGCCUUGUUUAUAUAAUUUGCAUUUCUCAAAUGCAAGCACGCACGUUAGCGGUGUCAAUGCUCCUAGUACCAGCGAACCCACCCCCUCCCCCCUGCAUGUUGUCCUUUUGCAACUUAUUGUUGGUAAUGGGCUUCAAAAUUAUUUUAAUAUCACAGACCCUCAAAGAUCCAACCAUCAUUGGCUCGUAUGAUACAAUUGCCGUGUAUGCAGAUAAUGAUGCUGUUGAAUUCUUCAAGAGAAGUGGUUUCACUGAUGAUGUUGUUCUUUGCAGCAGAUUCAGGUGAGACAAGGAAUAUAUUUCAGGUCACUCCUAUUUUCCACUCUAGGUUUCAAUCUGCAGCAUGACAUAACAAUUUGAAUGCCAGGUCCACUUCCCUGGGUGGAGUGAAUUGAAGCACUGUAUGCAUAAAGUGUGAGGUAAAAAAAAGUCUGCAGCAUUUUAGCAAGAGGCCCACCUUAUCCCAGUGUUUGUAGCAUAAAUAGGCUUGAUUACCAGCCACUGUUUGGGAAAUGAGUCCAUGCUCCUCAGCCCACAAAAAGACUCUUCUCAUAGUGCACCCAUGAGAGCAGCAGAAAUGAAUGAGCCUAGAGAGAAAUGAGACAAAAUGGGCCAAAGUUUCUAGUCUAAGGAAACAACAUGACACACGGCUAAGGCAUGGACCUCAAGAUCUUAACUGCCUCACCACUGAAGGGUUACUACAUCUAUGAUUUUCAUUUAUGUCAUCUACUGUAAAUGUAGGAAGAAAGACAAUAUUGUGGCGAAAGUUUCAUGUUGAUGAUGUACAAACACUAGCCUACAUAGCAAGUCUUUCUUUUCUUCCCUGUCUCUCGCCCAUCCUCAUUACUUUGCUUUCAUUUCCCAUUUUUUUGCUUUGUUUGCGACUGUAGCUUAGCUUGCAGCAAGCUCUCCGGGGCGCUCUGGCGACGGAGCAGGAAAAGAAAGGAGAGCUUGUAACUACAUCUCUGGAAUUUGAAUAUCUGCAUCGAAAAAGUCGACGUGAAAAUUUAUGCUGAUUGGUGGAGAUGGCAUUAGUAAUGACAUCAUUACCCUUGGCAUGUGUCUUCAAUGUUUGUUCACAGUCGUGCUCAUUUCCGCUUUGCGCUUAUUGGCGAAAUCUGACAGCUCAGUCGUUGGGAGCCACAGGGGAAUUGGAGGUGGAAUUCAAAUUACAGAGACAUAGUUGCAAGCUCUCCUUCCUUCCUUCCCUACUGGCUAUGGUAACCAUGCAGCUGAAAUUGGGAUGACGUUUGCCUAGUGGAGCCUAUUGCCAUGACAUACUUGUCCUGUGGCCAAUUACAGGGCCAUUUUUGAGUUGUGAAUAAAAACUUUGCAAUCCCAGAGAAUCUAUGAAAUUUUUUAAACCCUUCUAUUUUCUAACUAGUAAAAUACACCCCCAUUAUAAUCAAAUGAGUCUUGAAAAUUCUUCCCGAACCAGCCGUGCAUCAUUGAUAAAAAAAAUUAAUGCUUGCAUUUAGUAGUGGGAUUAGCUUACUUUUCUUUUUUAAAAAAGUGUCAUAUACUGUUUUUACUAGUGAGUUAACAGAUCACUGGAUAAACAGCACAUUAAUGUGUUACCUUCCUCCCUUUACUGGUAAGUUCACGUUUGUCUCUUUAUGCCCAAACCUAAGUGGGCAAAUCUAAGGCCAAAAAAAUCAAACUAUUAAUGUAUAAGAUACCACGCUAUUCGUAAAUACCGUAAAAUUCCGAAAAUAAGCCCCUCCAUGUAUAAGCCCCUCCAAAUAUAAGCCCCCCAAAAUCGUAACGCAAAAAAUCCUCCGUUAAAUUGUCCCUCCGAAUAUAAGCCCCGCGGGAUCUUGUAAUUGGAAUUUGCCCUCGAAUACAAAGUAAAACAAAGCAAAAAAUGGUAAAUUUCCCUCCCACUACAAGCUAGUUCAAUCGAUUUUGAAACGCAAAUUUCCCUCCGUACAUAAGCCCCUCCGAAUAUAAGCCCCUCCAAAAAUAAGCCCCUCAAAAAGGGCCUUUGAAAAAUAUAAGCCCCGGGGCUUAUUUUCCGUAUUUUACGGUAUCUCGCGCAUACUAUCUAGAGUCUAUCUACCAAACUUAUGAAUAAGUCCUGUUUAGAAUUAAGAACAUUUACAAAGCCCUUGUUCACAAUUGAAUAAAUUUGUCAGUAUUGCUUUUUGCGCUCGCUGACAUGGCUAGCUAAAAGGUUUGGUUCUCGAGUUUUGAGCUUGUGUGGUACAUACUAAAACGGUUUUUCACCUACAUUGUAUAUGUCCAAAACUGGGGUAUUUUAACAAAAUAUGAAAGGCAUGAUAUGCCGGGAGAAAAAAUAAAAAUAGUCGGCGCUCCCCUUAAUAAAGACCCGUCUCUCGAAUAAUCACCCCAUUUUGGCAAGGAAAAAUUGGCAACAAGAACAAUUGUUACCGGCUAUUAUUCGAGGAAAAACGGUAUCUUGACCAAACCAGGUUUGAUGAUUAUAUAUACAAAAAAUACUUUGUUAAUUAUAUACGGCUAAAGGAAAAAGUUCAUGAAACUCUUCUCGGCGGUCUUCGUUGUUUCUAUUUCUUUCAAAGCUAAAGGUGCGGGAAAACGGGCAACAAAUUAAAAUUAUGCAAGUUGUCUUGCAACGAGCAAAACGAGUUGAAUAGCAAUGUUGCGCGUUUUACCACCCAUAUCAAACCUGUCUUGUAGCAACGUUUUGCAGCAAUAUUGCAAAACAGGUUGGACGUUGAUCAGUUUAUGUUAUAUUGCCGAAAAAUGAAAAUAAUAAUAAUAAAACUGCGAAAAUAUUGAUAGUUUAACAUUUCUUUUUUGGUUGCUUUAGGUUCUGACUACUCGGGUGCUUUUAGAAGCGAAGAGGAUCUUAGAGCCAUGGAUGACGAUAUUAGAAAAUGGUACAAUGUCGGCAAUUUGUUUAGCAAAAAGAUUCAUCUUUUUAGUUCAUUUCACCUCCGCCUUUCCAAAGAAGUCAGACGGAUUUCCCCGCCUAAUGUAUCUGUACUUUUGCUGAGAGUUUUUAACAAAAGUUGAAAUUAUGAUGGAAAAUUUUGAUUUAAGGCUACUUAAAUGGUUUCAAAAGUCGCUAAUUCUGAAGGCUUCAAAAGUAGAAACAAGUUCUUUAACGCUUUUUUACGCGUGCGUAACUUGCCAUUUAGUGGGUUUGAAUGGGGUUGAAAUUUGCCAACUUUUUGUAGUUUCUGAAAGUGUUAAAAUAGCUAAAGAUUUUAUGUUUGAUACCCUUCCGUAUAAAAUAUUCGAUGUUAACUGCGAAAUCGCCAAAACUGAGUGUUUUUUCGUCAUAUUACUUUUAAUGAAGUAUUAUUGAGCAAAUAAGUUAAGCGUCAAAGUGAGAUUGAGGUACCCCAAUCGAACCAGACCGUCAUAACACCGCACGCCAAGAGAGAAUGAACGGUUUGGCAACACGAUUCCGUAUUCUGGAGCACAAAGAGAAGUCAGAAUCGGUCAGUAGUGGGAGAAAGUUUUGAUCGAUAUAAUUUCAAUUGCUCGCUUUCAGAAAGCCUUCGAUAUUUUUAACACAAAAUUUUCCCACAAUAGUUAGCUACGUCAGGUUUUAUCAUAAAAAGGUCUCAGAACUUCUUCAUCAAAUGUUAAAUAAGUGUUAGAUCAUUCCGAUUUCUCUUGUUUUAUAGGAGGGAAAAAAGCGUGGAAGCUUACCAAGCCCAGACCACGUGUAUCGUCAGAAUGCAACAUGAGAUUAAGACACUUAGAGUCAUAGUAAGUUCCACGUUCAUGUAUCGAGCUGUUUAAAAGAAAAUCGCCCCAGGUACAUGAUGUAAGGGUAAUCUGGAUUCGGGCACUAAAUUUUGGCUUGUAGAAUCUGUGAUUUAGAAUCCGGAAUUCAGCUCAAAAGUCCAGGCCCCGGUUCCUGAAAGGCCGCUUAGCGCUAAUCCAGGAUUAAAAAGUUUUGUUCUAUUUUUGUAUUUACCUUCCUAUGCAUUAUCUAGAGUAAAAUUCUAUGUUAUCAUCUCUGAAUCUCGGAGUAAAGACACAAAGUAUUUUGUAAGAAAACCUUGCUUAAAAUUUGGCUUAAUCCUGGAUUAAACUCAACCAUCUUUCGAGGAACCGGCCCCAGAAUCUCGCUAACGAAAACUGGAAUCCGAAAUCCGCAGCUUGGAAUUUAGAAUCCAGGACUGUCUUGGAUUCCCUCGCAUGGCUAAUAUGGAGCGAAGAAAUUGAUAAUUUUGCACUACGCGUCCACUCAUGAUGAAUAAUAUAAGCUGAUGAUUGCAUAAUAUAUUCGCUAACUGGUGCUUACUUUGAUUUGGAUUUUAACGAACGUUCACUUAGACUGCCAUCCACUAUUUUGUGUCCGUGGUAGGUUGACACCCAAGACGAGGCUAUUAAAACCCUGACAGGCGCGAAGGAGAGACUUGAAAAGGAAAAAUACAAAUUACGUAAGUCUUGUUUUGUAACGCGUCACUAUGCAUGUCGUCGUUUUUAUAUUUGAAGGUCGCAACACAUCAGGCUUCAACAGGUCUCGGUGACAAACCACGUGUGUUUAGGUCAGGAGACAGGCUGCUGCGACACGAAUACAUGGGGACAGGUCAUAACGACAAUUCCCUUCGUCAUGAAAGAAAUUCCCUUUGCCUACAUCAGAGGAUUUUUAUUGAAAUCUUUGCUCUUUUCCCCUAAAAAAUUUUUCACAUAAAUUCAAACCGCUUUGAACUUGGGUAACUUGUCGCGGGACAAAGGUUUUUACGACAAUUCUUAAAGGGGCUGUGUCACGGCAGUCCAGUUCAUUUUGUUUAAUUUUUCCAAUUACUCGCCCUCAAUCGCUAUGGAACUUAAAGUAAGCAAAGAAAUUACAUGUAAAUGACAACAUCAGAGAUCCGAGACAAACAAAUAUGUCUCGUGAGCAUUAUUUUUGAAGUUGAAAGCAGCAGGGAUCAACGUUGAAAAACUGUUAGGCUGAACAGUUUUCAAAAAUCCUAAUUUCAAUCCGUUUCAAUCCUCUCCAGCUUUGCCCAUCCGUGACAUCUGUUGAUUCUGUUAUUUUUAUGUUUCUCUUAAUUUAACGGACAUUUUCUAAUUUCCUAAUUUGGCUGAAUUUCGUGACACAGCUCCUUUAAGUGCAUAGGAAUCAAAUUGUCGCUGCGACCUGUCCCAGCAUCGUGUCGAAGCAACAUGUCACCUGCCCUAUCCACACCUAGUCGUUUGAGGCUUCACUGUAUUUGAGUUGCGCGCCUUCAGUUUCAUUUAAGGCAGUUGGUCGAUUCUUUGCAGAGAAAGAGCUACUUGCGCUGAAGAUACAGGGAAAAGAUGGUGACCUAGAUGAUGAAGAUUUUGAAGGUAAUUUUAAUUUAUCAUGGAACCCGUACAGCCUCGCGCGCAAUUUUGUUGAAAAACCCUUUCAAAAAGUCCCGUAUGAGGGUUAUAACUGUCAAGUGAUAAGGCCGGAAAAAACACUUACGGUCCUGCUAGGAAAGCGUACUAGUAGUAUAGGAGGGACCGAAUUAACCCCUUUUUUGCGGAGGAUUCUCAUUAGAGUGCGGAGGAAUACAUUAACGCCGAUGACGUCAUAGGCUAUUGUCUUGAUCUCAUGAAUAAAAUGCGCAGGAAUCUCAUUAAGAUAAGGUCGUGUGCUAUUUAAAAUUCGUUUAGGUUUUCUAGUUACUUUAAGGUCGAUAAACGUCUUCGUUUUCUAUUGGUUAGUUAGAAAAUAAGAAAAGUUUUCAUUGGUUAAUUCAUAGUGCCUGAGGAGUGAAGUCAAACUUGUUUCUGACUUAAAAUCACUGAGACGUAACGUAAUUAUGCACUUCCUAUUUCCUGCUGCUGUGAUUGUCCUUGUUGGGGGUUCACUGAUUUUUGGCGGGCAAAUCGUGUAUAUUAAAGAGGGUAAAGGCCAACUAGCUCUUUUUUUUAGACUGCAAGCAAUGUUUUACUUACCCCUCUCCUUUUCAUUUUUUAUUUUCCUCCUCCUCCACAAUUUUAUCAUUUUCCUUCCUCAAAUUAUUUAUUCCCUCCUCCUCCUCCUCCUCCUCAUUUUUAUUGUUUUCCCUCCUCCUCCUCCUCCUCCUCCUCAUUUUUGUUUUCCCUCCUCCUCCUCCUCCUCAUUUUUGUUUUCCCUCCUCCUCCUCCUCAUUUUUAUUGUUUUCCCUCCUCCUCCUCCUCCUCAUUUUUAUUGUUUUCCCUCCUCCUCCUCCUCCUCCUCCUCCUCCUCCUCCUCCUCAUUUCUAUUGUUUUCUCUCCUCCUCAUUUUUAUUGUUUUCUCUCCUCCUCCUCCUCCUCCACAUUUCUAUUGUUUUCCCUCCACCACCACCACCACCACCGCCACAUUUUUAUUGUUUUCCCUCCACCACCACCACCACCACCGCCACCACAUUUCUAUUGUUUUCCCUCCACCACCACCACAUUUCUAUUGUUUUCCCUCCACCACCACCACCUCCACCGCCACCACAUUUCUAUUGUUUUCCCUCCACCACCACCACCACCACCGCCACCACCUUUCUAUUGUUUUCCCUCCACCACCACCACCACCACCACCACAUUUCUAUUGUUUUCCCUCCACCACCACCACCUCCACCGCCACCACAUUUCUAUUGUUUUCCCUCCACCACCACCACCACCACCGCCACCACAUUUCUAUUGUUUUAGAAAUGUGUUGGCGGUGGUGGUGGUGGUGGUGGAGGGAAAACAAUAAAAAUGUGGCGGUGGUGGUGUUGGUGGUGGAGGGAAAACAAUAGAAAUGUGGAGGAGGAGGAGGAGGAGAGAAAACAAUAAAAAUGAGGAGGAGAGAAAACAAUAGAAAUGAGGAGGAGGAGGAGGAGGGAAAACAAUAAAAAUGAGGAGCAGGAGGAGGAGGGAAAACAAUAAAAAUGAGGAGGAGGAGGAGGGAAAACAAAAAUGAGGAGGAGGAGGAGGGAAAAGAAAAAUGAGGAGGAGGAGGAGGAGGGAAAACAAAAAUGAGGAGGAGGAGGAGGAGGGAAAACAAAAAUGAGGAGGAGGAGGAGGAGGAGGAGGAGGGAAAACAAUAAAAAUGAGGAGGAGGAGGAGGAGGAGGGAAUAAAUAAUUUGAGGAAGGAAAAUGAUAAAAUUGUGGAGGAGGAGGAAAAUAAAAAAUGAAAAGGAGAGGGGUAAGUAAAACAUUGCUUGCAGUCUAAAAAAAAGAGCUAGUUGGCCUUUACCCUCUUUAAUAUACACGAUUUGCCCGCCAAAAAUCAGUGAACCGGAACAAGGACAAUCACAGCAGCAGGAAAUAGGAAGUGCAUAAUUACGUUACGUCUCAGUGAUUUUAAGUCAGAAACAAGUUUGACUUCACUCCUCAGGCACUAUGAAUUAACCAAUGAGAACUUUUCUUAUUUUCUAACUAACCAAUAGAAAACGAAGACGUUUAUCGACCUUAAAGUAACUAGAAAACCUAAACGAAUUUUAAAUAGCACACGACCUUAUCUUAAUGAGAUUCCUGCGCAUUUUAUUCAUGAGAUCAAGACAAUAGCCUAUGACGUCAGCGACGUUAAUUUAUUCCCCCCCACCUUAAUGAGAUUCCCCCCCAAAAAACCGGAGUAAAACAUCCCUCCUAUACUACUCGUACUGAUCGAUGCGGGUUUGCAGCUCCGUCAGAAGAAUUAAAAAACACAACAUUCAUAUGAUAAACUGCUUAUUGACUGAGUUAGGUCAUGGCGGACGGGAAAAUAUUUGGUUCUCGCAGGACGCACGGACCUCGAGCCAAAUAUUUUCCCGUCCGGCCCUCCCACUCAAUCAAUAAGUACAAACGGUGUCCCGUGAACUGAUAAUCCCAAAAGCCCGAAUCUUUUGGUCUGUGAAUUUUAGGUGGGAGUUUGCCUGCUUUGAUUCUGGGACCCCUUGGCCUAGCAGUCACACUUACUCUUAUUCAUCAUACUAAUGAUCAAUAGAAACCCUAUUCUAGAUCAAAACUCCUCGAUUUUUCAGUAUAGCCAAUACUAGAUUAUACAGCUUGAAAUCCCUUCCGUUCACACCAGAAUAUGCCCAUGUAGCUUAUAUUUAUAAGAAUACCUCCACCCCUGGCGUAUCAAAUGUUCCAUGCAAGAACCUUUUCUUUUAGGCUUUGCUUGUUGUUCUGUCCGUUCGCUCAUCUCUGACAGAUCAUUUCCACAGUUUGUGCCCAGCACGACAAAUUUUUCUUGUGUCCGUAUCUUCUUUUACAGAUGAUGGUGACUUAUAUGAAGCCCUUGCUCAGAUGCUGAGUAAGAAACACGUGACCAACACGGAACUGGAUCUGGAAGCGAUUUCCCAUGGUGACUUUCGCGAUGUUCCUCAGGGUGCGAAUGUUUGACUGAUUUACAACGAAUACAUGUAAAUGUGCAUGAAAAAUGGCAAGAUGUAUAGCUGUCAAGAAAAAGAAAAUAAAAACCGUUGCUUGAUAUAAUCAGCGGCCCGAAUAAACAGAAACCCCAAUUCGAUAUGACUAUGCUGUUGAGCCGCAAUCGUCUCACCAAAUCCAUUGAGCUUCCAACUCCGCCUCUUACUUUCACUUAAGCCUCAAACAAUCUCCACUCUUUGCUCGCAGACGAAACACGUGUCGACGGUAUCGCAAGUAUCACUUAUUAGUCUUGAAACUUUGCCACAUUUAUAGCGGUGUGGUCUAUUAGUUUGCCCGUGUGACUCGCUCUCCAAAGUCCUGGUUUCAAGCAAGCCCAAUACAAAUCAAUGAAUCAUUAAGCCCUGUGUAAACGGACGCAGCAUUCUUGGCCAACAACUCCCAACAUUGUAAUAUGUUACGUUUUCACACCCUGUUGCGCGUUGUUGCGCGUUGUUGCGCGUUGUUGCGCAAAGAAACCCUUUUAGCUUCGUGAAAACGGACGCCACAACUCCCAACCAUGUUGCGUCCGUUUGCACGGGGCUUUAAACAGCGGAAUGAACUUUUGAUAGUAAAAAGUCCUGCUCAGCUAAUUAUUAUCCAUAAACGUUUUAAGCAGAUCUUUGUCGAUUGUUUCAUUUCACUAUUCGCGCGAGAUCAGUAUGGGAUUUACAGUGAUUUGCCUUCGACACGCCAUUCUAAACGCCCAGACUCUAACUAGUUUUCUUUUAAGUUCCUAUAAGCGCCAAAUACCGAAUUGUGUAUUAGCUUGUAUUCAACUAUAAGUAGAUAUUUUGCCUUGUUAAUAUUUUUCUCCCUCCUUUUUUUCUCUUUAGAGGAUGAAGAGUUCGUUUCAUCAUUUAUUACAAAUCGCAGUGAAAAACAGCUUGUUCAGCAGAUCAAACGUAGCUUAUCGUCCACAAAAAACUACAAAGACAUCACAAUUAGUAGCGUGAGGAAGGUAAAACAGUUUUGAUCCCUCUUGUAUUUCUGAUUUACACACAUUCCUUUCAUACUAAUCCCAUAGGUGUGUGGUUGCUCGUAUGUAUGUUUCGUGUGGCGUAAGUUGAAGAUAUUUACCUGUAUGUAUAUGAAGUUGAAGCUCUCCUAACGGCCCUGAACACUUGGCUCCGCCAUUUCGAUGUCUGUGCACUGAAAAUUAAAAAGAUCUGUUUCAGCCCCAAAGUGCCAAAUCAGCUCCGCCUGCAAGCCAAAGUCUGAUUCAGCCUCCCCUGGAGCCUUCAGAGCACAAACGAAUUAAGCCAAGACAGCCCCCUACCCCCACCUUAAUAAAAUAACACCUAUUCCAGCCCUCGCUGGGACCCCUUUUGGCCAGUGGUUGCAGAUCAGCUCUAGGUAAUUGGACUGUAUUGGCCCUGAUUAAGGGGGCCAAAUUCAUGACCCCAAAAAUAGGACUGUAGUCUACACACCGAAAUGGCCCCAUUUUAAGGACUGAAACAGUUCUUUCUAACUUACAGUGUCCUCAUGUCUUUUACCAAUUCCUUAUAGGUCGAGUCAUGUCACAUCGCUUUCAUGGAGACAGGUUUUGAUUCACGCACUCAAAGGCUUGGUGAUCCUGUUAUCUGCACGCAGCUUUACUUUUGUGGCGGUGCUGGUGAUGAGCAAAUAGAAAGGAUCAUGAAACGAGGAUUUAGCAAAGAAGGUAUAACGAAGGAUUUUAUAAUGUGUCAAUUCGUUUUUCCUCAGUUUUGAUUUUGGUUGUAGUUCUUGGCUUCUUUUAAUGUUUAGGAUUGCUCUUUAAUCCUUUAAUUGUGUUGAUUUUCUUUUUAGAUUUCGUUCGUGGUCCCUAUGGAAAAGGUCUUUAUUUUUCAAUGCAGGCCUGUCAAGCAGCAGCCUUUUCAGCGGUAAAUUUUCUUGUAAAAGUAGUAUAUCUCCAUAUAAAUAGGGCAAGUCUCUCAAUCUCGUUCCCAAUGUUCUCUCCCCCUCCGUGGAUGAGUAAGAGAGAAACCUGGGAUCGAGUUUGAACCCCUCUCUGACGAACAGUUCCUCAACUCUCAAGACAGACUCUUCUGAAUUCACUCUCAAGUUCAUGCCUCCUUCUACUUUGCCAGCAAAGCCGCCUUUCUUUCACUUGCUCGAUUCUGGCGUACUUGAGAGAGACUCUGCAUGAAUCGAGUAAUAUUGAUAUUGCGACCAUACAAUAUCAUUAAAUUAACCAAAGAAAUAAUUAACAAUUAUUCCUCGAGCCAGAAUGGACUUAGAGGCCAUCAGGAUGAGAGUAAUAAUUGUUUUAGUAAAAUCCAACUAGUUGGUCAAAAAUAUCGAGAAAAAAAAUUUAGCUAGUUAAAGCUAGACUUUAAUCCUUUUUUGCCGCCAAAAAGCCCGCGCUUUUCGCCACUAGGGGGCUAGCAGCUCAACCAAUCAGAACGUAGCAUUGAUAACAGACCACUAGCUGGAUAUUACUAAUGCAAGUUAGUCCGCAUCAACACUUCAAAAUGCACUUUGCUGGGGUGGUGUGCAUCCUAACCGGCUUCUCUGUUGUCUCUCCCUUUGUAUUAGCCUGGUAAGCUACUUUUAUGCAACGUUGGGCUUGGUUUGACAGAAUCUGUUGUUGUACAGGAUCGUGGCAGGUAAGAUUAAAACAAAACAGUGUCUUUUUCCACUCCUUCACUCUCGUACAGAGUCUGCAAAAGGAGGAAAGCGUUUUAUGUCGAGUGCGUCAUACGUUCUGACACUUCCGUCUCUCAGAGCCAAAUCUAUCCGGGGGAAAAAAUGGUCGCAAUCUAGUGAAUGAGAAACCAUAGGUCAUAACAGGUUUUGUAAUCCUUUGUUACAAAUUAAACGAAAUCCUACGUACCGUGUAAUAAUUUAUAUCUGAAAAGUUCUUGAGCAACUCUUUACGAUGAUUCUAUUUCGAGGGUUCUUUUGUACUGUACGUGAGUGAAAUCUGGAAGUUUUAUUGUCUUCUGGCACAGUUAGAGGUGAAAGAGUAACCGUUCCUUCAAUGCGUUAAGCAACCUUUUCCGAAGCCUGCGUGUCAAGCGUUCGAAGAGGAAAAGUAAGAGGGAAUUUGGGUGUACGAGUGAAUGCGAGGGACGCGCAACGAUAGAACGGUUUCCUCUUCCGGCUUGCGCGCCCUUAGAAGUGAAAGAUUAAAAUUAAAAAAGUCCCGAUACCAGAGAUUUGUUGGGUGCAUAUCUUGGAUCAUUAUACGUUUCUGGGAAACUGCUCACCUACCCUUCCCCUAAGCCAACAUUAACACUUACUUCUCACUAGGACAAAAUGUUGGCUUAGGGGAGGGGUAAGUGGGCAGAUCUUUGACUUGAACUGAGAACAUGAUACGCGUCUUUUAUUAUAAUUGAGUUCUUUCUGUUUUGUUAACCUAGGUCCUUACCUCCGCCUGGCUUUGACUCCAUACUAGUAAGUAGAGCAAAACCACUUUUUGCCUAGUUCUUUUCUUGUCUUCAUCCUUUCCUUCUUAGGCCAUUAACGCACUCCAAUCGGCCAAUAAGCUUCCAGAAUUUCGUACAGAGCUGAAGUUUGAAUGUUGAGGUUAUUUUUUUUUUCUUUCAUUAGACUAGUGGGCGCACUCCUUCGCCUGUCUCCCCAGGCCCUCCGCAUCAAGAGUAUGUUGUGUUUGAUCCCUUACAGGUGAGGCUGGAAACUAGAGUUACCUGGCAAGAGAGGAAUUUAGUGUUACCAGUCUAUAUAGCAAUUCUUAUGGAUGAAACUAUCGUGAAAUUACUUAUUUUUUUCUAAAAGUAAAGGACAGUUUAUGGGAAGGGGGGUAAACAUCAUGGGAGGCGGCGAAUUGCAAAUUUUGCAAAUGGCGAAUUGAAUGUUUUAUGUAACCUAAUUAAACUAUUUUUGUUGUUGUCCUCUUUAGGCCAUUCCAGUUUACCUUGUAGAGUACUCAACUUCCAGAUAACUAUUCAAAGCACUCGUGAAAUAUUUCGUGUUCUUGCCUGGAGUGAUGCUUCAGCGAGUUAUAGUUGAUUCCAUGGUCUCUUCAAUUCACUACCCUUGAAACCGUUGAGGAACGUGUAUUUCUUCCAGCAGAGUUGCUUCCUUUUGGGAUAAACUGAAAGGAGUCGUUGUUCUACAGAACUUUGUAAAAUUCUUUAAACUGCGGGACUCGAGGAAGGAACUUCGUGGAACAACCUUUUUCAGCAGCUGACUGUGUUUAAAUGGUAUUUUAUAUAGCAUAUCGAUCAACUGUUUACGAACUUAGAACAACCUUUCCUUGUCCAUGCGUACCACGUGACCUGAAACACAUAGAGCGCGCGUUGAAUGAAGGCAGCCACUUUACAAACGAGAGCUCUCUCAAAAGUUCUCCCAGGUCGCGUUAUUGCAGUUUUCGAAGGGAUUGUAUCAUCUUUUACUGUUGAUUUCAUAUCUUAAGACUGAUUCCUUUUCUAUAGUAGUUGUCCCUAGAGAAGCAGUUGUGAGGUACUCAAUAUGCGAUACUGAUCGCUUAUUCACAUUGGCCGUUUUCACACUAGAAACUGAUUAUCCGUUUCGGGACGGAUAAACCAUCUUCAAAAUCCGUCAAAAUUAACGGAUGAACAGAUGGAUAAAGUUAGAGAUUGUUCAUCAAGACUUAAAGCCGUUCCAUUCUCACAUUAAGUCGUAUUAUCUGUCUG